UGCGGCUGUGCAGUGAUCUCUCUCUCUCUCUCUCUCUCUUUCACACACUCAUACACACACUGUCUCGGCUGUUCACAUUCCCAGAUUGAAGUACCAAGAAAAUAAACGUACAUUGAUUCAUCGCAACCAGCGGACAGCAUGGCUUCUGGUGUCACAGUCAAUGAUGAAGUCAUCAAAGUCUUCAAUGACAUGAAAGUACGGAAGUCCUCAACCUCAGACGAGGUGAAAAAGCGCAAGAAGGCCAUUCUGUUCUGUCUCAGCGAUGACAAGAAAAAGAUUGUUGUAGAGGAAGGCAAGCAGAUCUUAGUUGGAGACAUUGGAGAUACCGUCGAUGAUCCCUACGCCUGUUUCGUAAAGCUCCUACCUCUCAAUGACUGCAGAUACGGCUUAUAUGAUGCCACUUAUGAGACGAAAGAGUCCAAAAAAGAAGACUUGGUAUUUAUAUUUUGGGCCCCUGAAGGUGCACCGUUAAAAAGCAAGAUGAUCUACGCUAGCUCUAAAGAUGCCAUUAAGAAGAAGUUUACAGGUAUCAAACACGAAUGGCAGGUUAAUGGUUUAGACGACAUUCAGGACCGCUCAACCCUGGCAGAAAAGUUGGGAGGAAGUGUGGUCGUAUCGCUGGAGGGGAGACCAUUGUAAACUAAACAUGUGCCAUCUGGAUUCCACACCCUUUUAUCAUCGCAGCUGUCUCUAUCAUUUAAUCCUGAAGGAAUAGUCCUAGAUUAUUUUUAUUUUUAUUUCUUUUGUUAGUUUGAUUACUUUGUUUUUUCCCCCACAUUAAGAAGAUCACAUUUACAUAUAUGCAGAAACCUACCAGUUUAUUGCUAGCUUACUUUUUCGGCUUCUGGUAGUUUUUUGUACUUCCCCAAAGAAUAUUCUGUCUCUCUCUCUCUCUCUGUCUCUCUGUCUCUAUCUCUCUCGUGUUUUGCCAAAUUAAUGAAGAAAGCUUAAAGAUUAAAUAUUAGGGAUAGUUCACCCAGGAAUAAAAAUUCUGUCACCAUUUACUCAUCUUGUUCUUAACUUGUUUGACUUGCAUUCUUCCAUUGAACACAAAAAGAGAUGUUAGUUUCCCAGUCACCAUUCACUCUCAGUGUUUGGAACAAGAAGCAAAGAAAGUAAAUGGUGACUGAUGCUAACAUUCUGUGAUGUCAGAAUUCUCAUUUUUGGGUAGAACUAUGCCUUUAACAGCACUACCAGCACAAACUCAGUGUAUAUCUUUAUAAUGUAUUUACAGAGAUAUUCUAUUAUGCUGUAAGAGGAAUAUAUGAGAAUUCUGUUUAUUAAUGCCUCACAGCAAUGCAUUAUCCAGUAACAAGCACUUUACAAGUUUUAAACUAUUUAUUUGAACUCUUCUACCUAAUCUGGCUCGUUUGAUAUGGUAAACACAUUAAAAAGUCUAUACAGGUAAAAAGCACUUUUUGUUUUUACACUACCAAUUGAAGGAGGACUUUGGAAUUUCUGACUGUCAACCGAAAUAGAAGUUACCACAGUUUUCAUUCCUGUUACGCAAAAGGACAUAAACAGAUGGGUUUGAACUGUUCCAUUGCAGUCUUUUUGAUACAAAUGCACAGUAUACACUACAGAACGUGAAGGCCAAGCUGCUUGGAAGUUUUUUAACAGUAAAAGAGAAUACAUAUUAUCUGUAAAGAUGGCAAAAUUUGCAGCCUGAAGUAAAACACUGUUUUUGAGAUCGAAGGAAGUUGCCACUUUGCAAUAAAAUCUUGUGGCAGAUUUGUUGGCUCAAUUAAAUGCUUUGAAUGCUUUUCAUCAGGGUCAUACAAUAAGACAUUUUACUUUUGGCCUGUGUGUUUUCUCACUCAUCAAAUUGUUCUUAAUUGUUUAAUGAAAAAAGUUUUGUUUUGGCAUUUAUUUAUUUAUUCACGUUUUAACCAAAGGAUAACAUACAAUGGCCCCAAUGAGUAUUUGGACACUGAAAUCAUGCAUAUAAAUGCAUGAAUAUCAUUGCAUUCUUAAAUAACAAAAUAUCAAACCAAGAGGCAUUUCUUUUAAACAAAUAUAGCGCACUUUUCAAUCAAAAUAUUUCAGUUUGUUAGUUUUUAAAUUCACCUACAGUAGCAAGAAAAAGUAUGUGAACUCUUUGGAAUUACCAGCAUUUAUGUAUAAACGUAUGUAUAAAAUCUGAUUUGGUCUUCAUUUAAGUUGCAAUAAUGGUUGGGAAAAGUAUGUGAACCCCUAGGCUAAUUACGUCAACAAAAGCUCAUUAGAGUCAGGCUUGACAAACCUGGCAUCCAAUUAAUGAAACAAGAUUGGAGGUGUGGGUUAGAGCUACUUCGAUUUAUAAAAAGCAUCCUUUGCUAUUCUUUUUUUUCUCCCCAAUUCGGAAUGCCCAAUUCCCAAUGCAGUCUAAGUCCUCAUGGUGGUGUAGUGACUUGCCUCAAUCUGGGUAGCGGAGGACAAAUCUCAGUUGCCUCCACGUCUGAGACCGUCAAUCCGCGCAUCUUAUAAUGUGGCUUGAACGGAGACAUAGCGUGUGUGGAGGCCCACGCUGUUCUCUGCGGCAUCCACGCACAACUCACCACGCGCCCCACCAAGAGCGAGAACCACAUUAUAGCAACCACGAGGAGGUAACCCAUGUGACUCUACCCUCCCUAGCAACCGGGCCAAUUUGGAUGCUUAGGAGACCUGGCUGGAGUCACUCAGCACGCCCUGGGAUUCGAACUCGCAACUCCAGGGGUGGUAAUCAGCGUCUUUACUCGCUGAACUACCCAGGCCCCCCCUUUGCUAUUCACAAGAAGCAUCUGCUGACAUGGACCACACCUUGAAAAAAAGAGAUUUCAGAAGACAUUCAAUCAAGAAUUGUUGCUUUGCAUAAAGCUGAAAGGUUACAGUUAUCUAGAAGAGCUUAGAUAUUCAUCUGUCCACUGUUAGACAAAUUGUCUAUAAAUGGAGACGAUUUAGUACUGUGGCUACUGUCCCUAGAAGUGGCUGUCCAGCCAAGAUGACUCAAAGGACACACCACAGAAUGCUCAAUGAGGUAAAAAAAGGACUCUAGAGAGACAGCUAAAGACCUGAAGGAAUCAUUGGAACUGGUUAAAAUCUCUGUUCAUGAGUCUGCUAUUCGGAAAACAUUAAACAGACAUGGUGUCCAUGACAGGACACCACGAAGGAAGCUGUUGUUUUCCAACAAAAACAUUGCUGAAGACCACUUUGACACUCCACAACAUAACUGGGAAAAUGUUUUGUGGUCUGAUGAAACUAAGGUUGAAUUGUUUGGGAAGAACACACAGCACUACGUAUGGCAUAAAAAGGGCACCGAACACCAACAUGAAAACAUCACAACUGUGAAGUACGGUGGAGGGAGUAUCAUGAUUUGGGGCUGCUUUGCUGCUUUGGGGCCUGGACCGCUUGCCAUCAUUGAGGGAAAAAUGAAUUCCCAAGUUUAUCAAGAUAUUGUAAAUGAUAAUGUCAGGGUGGCUGUGCACCAGCUGAAGCUCAGUAAAAUUUAGGUGAUGCAGCAUGACAAUGACCCUAAACAUCGAAGCAAAUCCACUACAGAAUGGCUUCAAAAAAAGAAAAUCCACCUUUUGGAGUGGCCCAGUCAGAGCCAAGACCUUAACCCAAUAAAGAUGCUGUAUAAUGACCUCAAGAGAGCUGUUCACACCAGACAUCCUAAGAAUAUGGCUGAACUGAAGCAGUUCUGUAAGAAAGAAUGGUCCAAAAUUCCUUCUGAACGUUGUGCAGGUCAAAUCCGCAGCUACCGCAAAUGCUUGGUUGAGGUUACUUCUGCCAAAGGAGAAUCAACCAGUUAUUAAAUUCAAGGGUUCACUUACUUUUUCCACAGCAAUGUGAAUGUUUAAUGGAAUGUGUUCAGUAAAGACAUAAAAAAAGAUUAUAAUUGUGUGUGUGUUGUUAGCUUAGGCCCAUUGUGCUUUGUCUAUACUUGUAACCAAUUAAUACAGAAAACCAGCUAAUUCCUAAGAGUUCACAUACUUUUUCUUGCCACUGUAUUUUAUAAAAGGGGCUAAAAUGUAAACAUUUUAGAAAAGUGCUCAGAAAAAAAAAAAGUAGGUUCUGAGAAAAGUAGGUUUGAUGUGGUUUGGAUUUUGUGCAAUGAAAUUCAGAUAUUUUUAAGUGCGGCUUAUAUGUUCAAAUACCUUUUGGGGCCACUGUAUGCAGCUUUUAAAACUGAUCCCGCAGUUAUAGUUUGUGUUUAAUGAUUUAACAGUGUUUAGUUAGGACAAGCAACCCUGCUUCCAUGUUUUGCUAAUAAAUUAUAUACUAAAACCA